AUGGUAAAUGUUGAUGGAAAACGAGAGGAGGAUGAAGAAGUAAUUGAAGUAGAAGGAAUGGGAGCAAACAAAAGUGCUCGCAUGCUUGAAAGAUUACAUGUGGUACAUCAAUAUGUUGCUAGAUGGGUGUAUUCUCAUGGCAUUCCUUUUAAUGCUAUUGCAAAUGAUGAUUUAAGAAGAAUGCUUGAAGUCGCUGGACAGUUUGGACCAGGUGUUACUCCUCCUAGUCAAUAUCAGUUGAGGGAGCCUUUGUUAAAAGAAGAGGUUGUUCGAAUGAAAGGUUUGAUGGAAGAACAAGAAGAUGAGUGGAGAGUUAAUGGAUGUUCCGUAACGACAGAUUCUUGGUCGGAUAGAAAAAGAAGGUCAAUCAUGAAUUUGUGUAUCAACUGCAAAGAAGGUACAAUGUUUCUCUCUUCUAAAGAUUGCUUUGAUGAUUCCCAUACGGGUGAAUAUAUCUUUGCAUAUGUCAAUGAGUACUGCAUCAAAAAUUUAGGUGGAGAUCAUGUUGUUCAAGUAGUAACGAACAAUGCCACUAACAACAUAACUGCUGCAAAGUUGUUAAAGGAGGUAAGACCCACCAUAUUUUGGACUUUUUGUGCAACUCACACAAUAAAUCUGAUGGUAGAAGGUAUUUCUAAACUUGCUAUGUCUGACGAAAUAGUUAAAAUGGCCAAAGCGUUUACCAUUUUUAUAUACGCUCAUCACCAGACCUUGUCCAUGAUGAGGAGUUUUACCAAGAGAAGAGAUAUUGUGAGGCCUGGAAUAAUUGGAUUUGCAUCGGCUUUUCGUACUUUGAAAAGUUUGGUAGAGAAGGAAGAAAAUUUAAAGGUAAAAAGAAAAAAAAAGAAAAAGCUCUCGAAGGCGACGACGAUGGUGGUACUCUAG